CACACACACACUAACACAGGCACUUCCUCAAGCCAGGAGUGUUGCAGACUAUAAACAAAUUUCAGGUCUUGUUUGUCAGAAUUGAAUUUUGAACUGCAUUCUCAGGGUAAAAAUGAAGAGGUAAAACCUCAACCUUUUCCUGCAUUAAAACACUCCUAAUUAAAAUGCCAUAGGUACCUAAUGUCUCCCAGCUGCUAUUUGCAUGCAGGCCACUUCAAAAACUCCCCCAGUGCUGUUUGCUGUAACUUUUUUAUGGAUAGUUUGAAUAUACUUAUUCGCUUGUAUUAACACCAGGCAGAAGAUGACUAUAAAAUACCUUCAUCUCAAGCAUUUUUUAUUCACAAGCAGGAAAGUUAAAGGGAUGCUUACUGCUUUUAAUUCCAGCCUGGCCCUGCUGUAGCUUUAUUUUUCUUCUAGGAACAACUUUCUGAUGCACUUUCUCAGGUUACUGUACAAAUAUUUAUACCUGGAAAAGCACUCUCAUAUCUCCUUUUUCCCCCAAAGGGUGGGAAAAAAGGUUUCUACGGUAACAGAACUAAACCUACAAAACCAGAACAGCCAAACUUGUAAAACCUGAGCCAACAGAAGACAUCUAUUAAAAGCACAAGCCCACAAGGAACUAAAUAUAGGCUUGCUGUUCCCAUGCAUGCUGCCUCUGUGUCAUUGCUUCCCUCCUACAGAUGGUGGGGACACAGCCAGCUUUGUUUAUAGAAUCACAGCUCAGCCUCAAAUAACUGUGGGCAGGAAACUGCCCCUACCUCUGAGGCUUGUAAACUAAACUGCACACUGUUUGUGUGCUUCAAGGCACCCAGAGACUAUUUCAGCUCUUUAUAAAGAACUGCUUAGGAAAGUUGUUAUCCAUGUAACAGUCCUUGAACAUGAACUCAUGCAAGCUCAGAAAAGUCAAUGAGAGUAGAAGUGUUGUACACUGCAAAACCAAAGUGCUGCUCAGCCAGAUCUGAAUGGGAAACACUGAGAAAGAUAUGCCUGGCAGCUGUAGCUACAACCCCGCCCCACUCCAGUAACUCAGCACAAAAACUUUGCUAAACUUCAGGAGAGUCUAUAAGGAAAAAAAAAAAAAGUCCCUUUUAAGGAAGCAUUUUAUGACAGUCAGUUGUAUAUGCCCAUUCCAUUCCCUUGGACAAAGGAAGCACAAACUGCAUACAUGCUUCUUUUCCUUUCCCUGUUCUGAGCUCCUCCACCAUUUGUUAGCCAAAAAUAAACCCCAUUCCACAACCUUAUAUGUGCAACAGCCUCCUCCAGCACUGCUGCUACUCCACCAGGCCAAGAGACUCUGUCACUGCUGCUGGGCAAUGCACAUAACCCAGCUCAACCGGGAAUGCCUUCUACAUCUCUUCUCUUUUCUGGACAAAAACAGUAGGAAAAAUCUAGCAAAAACAUGUCACAAGUUGCUAGAAGUGUUUCAGGAUCCCUUACUGUGGUCUUUGCUGAAGUUUCAUUCUCCAGCGGAACUAAAGAAGGAUAAUUUUCUCCUGGGACCUGCUUUAAAACACUUAUCCAUCUGCUGGUAUUCAGAGAGAGUCAAGGUGUGUAACACUGAGGACUGGAUGAAAAACAGUUUCCAGAAAGACUUCUGUAAGAGGCAUGAGAACACGGUCAGUGAUUUUUUACUAGACGUUUGCACCAGAUGUCCAAAUCUGCUGUCUCUGACCCUCUCUGGAUGUGGCCAUGUUACAGACGACUGCAUUUUACAGCUUCUCAAGAACUGCCCAAACCUGAGGAGCCUCAAACUGGAGAACUGUGUGCGCAUCAGUGACUUCACCCUGGAGGCAGUGACCCUCCACGGGGCAUCGCUGCGAACGCUCCACGUGGAUUUCUGCCGCAACAUCACACAGGCUGGGCUGGACAGAGUCAGGGCAAAGUGUCCUUCAGUAAUGCUGAGAGCAGACAGAAGUGCUAACAUGAUCCCAGACAGUAAGCCACAAAAAAAGCUAAUGCUUGAAAAAGAAUCAAGAAAAUUGGUUCAGCUUUAAAUGCAGCAAAAUAAUCACUGUGAGUAUUUUACAUCACUGAGGUAGCAAUGAACUGUGGCUAGUUCCAUGGGUUCUGGUCAAGGCCAAAACAAAUGGUUGUUUUGUGAAGUGUGUACUGGGAAAAGGCAUGCAUUUCCUCCUGGAUGGGCUUCAGGAAAAAAACACUUGCUCUCUGUUGUUCCUUGAAACUGGAAAACCUUGCACUGCUGUCACAAAGUUCCAGACCUGCUGAAAAUGGCAAUUCUGGUGCCCUCCAGCUAUAGAUGCUUCUCACUCAGGAGAAAGUGCAGUAGUGUCUUUAUUGAGGCCAAAUGGAGUUCAAUAAAUUUUAUGGACUUUUAAGAAAGUUUAACAGUAGCUUGACAUGGUGCAGUCAGUCUGAUGGCAAGGUUCACUGACUGCAUGGAAGAAACACAGAGUGAACUGAGGCAGAAUGAAUCACACAGGGACCUGAGAACACAAACAUUAAGGAAUGUUUUCAUCCCACUGGGUCACGAGGUUCAGACUGGACCUUCACUCUCAAAACUCUUUAUGCCAUGGGCACAAAGCCACAGCAGAGAGAGCCACUGUAGUCACUGUAGGAUUUUCAGAAAUUUCAAGGCAAGAGUGAUUAACAAAUUUCUGUUAAAGGUGUUAUCCAGAGAGUCAUUCCAUCCACUAAGGAGGAGAACCACUCCCUGAAAGUCUUUCAAGCAAAAGCAGAGUACUGACCACCAGCACUUCCUCAGUGAUUGAGAGUGGCAGUUAAUUUACCAGGCUUUUUUAUUUAAUGAGGGAAGCAUGGAUUCAAGGCAAACAAAACACAGUUUGACCCUCUGCAUGAUGUACUUACAUCAUGUAAGAUGCACCAAGUUAUUUUUUAAAGCAGACAUUAAAGGAAAUGCAAUACAAACAAGUGCUAGUCCAGAGUACAAACCCACAAGAAAAGACUGUGGCUGACAGCCUUCAGCUUUACAUGCUAAAUUAGGAAUACACUACAGACCAGCUCUAUAUAGACACCCAUUUCUCACUGCAAAGUACAAAACCAGCAGCUAUUUUCAUCCCAAAGCACAAGGCUGUCCCUUUCCUGCACACUGCUCUGCUACCUGGAAGUAAAACCUUUGUAUUAGAUGUUUUUGAUGCUAUCUACAUCUAAAAAAUCUGAACACCAAAGAGGACUUUACAGUUCUCAACACAACUGAAUAUACUUACUUCUUUUGAUCCUGGUUAAUUGAUCCACAGAUAUCCUUGGUGCUCUCUAAAUUGGCUGAGAUAAGAAAUAAAUCAAAGCAUUACAGCAACUUCAGUCAAUCAAUGCUGCAAUUCUAGAGAAACUCUUUAUCAGUAUGAGCAUCUGCAAGAAACAGUUGCCCAGAAAACCAAUGAGGAAAAUAAUUUGUUGCAUCUUCAUUACUUAGAGAUAUUUAACAGCAUGACACUAUGAAACCGGUAUUUCAUUAACUCCUUCCUAAAGUUCAAGUAGGGCCCUUGGGCACCACAAGAUAAGGAAGAAAACUGGAAGUACAGACAAGGACAGCAAUCCUCAGGCAGCACUGACAGCUACAAAAGGAGACUGCUGAGCUGAACAAAUUUACUGUGCUGUGGAAACUGGGAAGCUGACACAACCCGUACCUUGGAUACACAACAGCAGUUCCACACACUGAUGAUAAGCCAACACAAAGUAGGGGUUUGUACAGUUACUGCAGCAAGCAAAGCCCUCCUGGUGUCAUCAGCUCUGCCAGCACUCUGUGUUGAAAGAUGAGUCUGCAUGAAUAACAGGAAUACAGCUCAAGUAGCUACAAGCUAUGAAAGCAAAAUUGCAUCUGUCUACAUAUUACUUAAGACUUUUUGCCAAUUUUCUACCAGGACUGGGGGGUGGUGGGCCAGGGUAUUUUGUGAGGUUUGUGGUUUGGUUUGUUUUUUAUUUUCUUUUACAGAGCUAAAAAGGGGCUUCAAACACUCUCCACUUGGUUUCUUUGCCUAUUUGUAUAACAAUGCUCUAACUUACUACUUCGUUCUUCCCCUUCUUAAAUGGUGAUGUUUGUUCAUGACAUGGUAAAAUCUGAACACAAUUAUAUUGAUCCAUGUUUUCAGCAUCAAUAAUUAAUUUUUUUACUUCACAAUCCAAUUUGAAAACUGAUGACACUACUUAGGGUAUUAUGGAAGGAUGGAAACAGGUCUAUAGUUUUCUUUAGUUCCAAGCCAUUAAAGUUCAAUCAAGCACCAACCUUUAAUCAACAUCACCCCUGAUUUUACUGUAAACUGCCUCCAAAAAGAUCUUCACUAUCCAGAAAGCCAAUGUUGGGGGUUGGUUCUUUCCCUUUUCCUUCUGUGGAAUUUUCCCCAUUGUCAUGCUAAGAUACCUGUUGACUGGGCCCUGGUGACAAGGGGGAGGAGAGAGAAGAGGGAAACCCUGCAAGAUUCAAACAGCCAGAAGAGGAAGCGGAAGGCUCUGGCUCGCCCCAUUUCCCCUGAGGAGUUUGGACAAGAAGGACGAUCGCUGUCUCUGUCCCAUCCCUGCCAUCCCAGUGCCGGGAGCCAUCCUCACUGCUGUGGGACCCUGCCCUGCUGCCUUCUCACUGUAACCUGCCACCAUCCAGCACUCUGCUGAGCACCAGGACCCACACCGUGAGCGGAGAGCUCUCUCUCCAUCUCUCUCUCCCCCUGGGACAGCGCUGCCAUCACCCCCAGCCCUCCUGCAGCUCUGCGGGACCCGCCCGCCCCCAGCACCGGGAACUGCAGCUCAGGGAAAAGGUGCCUGCAGCCAGAAAGGGACUGGGACUGAGUUACUGUUCUCUUUGUGGGUAAUUUCAUAGCUGUUGUUGUUCUAGCUUGUCUUGUUAGAUAUACUAGUAAAGAACUGUUAUUCUUACCCCCAUAUCUUUGCCUGAGAGCUCCCUUAAUUUCAGAAUCAUAAUAAUCUGCAGUAAGGAAGGAUCACUUCCUUAGCAAACAACUGUCUUUCAAACCAGGACAGAUUUUGGCCACCCAACGUGAGGCCCCAAGACCAUUGAGAGGAAAGGGUAAAAGAGGAAUAAUAGUUCUUGAGUUACCUCAGUUUUGUGUUAGGUGGCAUCAUGUUGUCCAGCUUACCGUGGUUUGGGCUCCAUGUGGCCACAGCUUUAUCUCUCCCAUUUGCAAUCCCUUACUUGAACAUGGGUCCUAUCACUCAGGCUGCUGUAACUAUUAUCCAGUUCCUUUUGUGGGCUGAUAACGUGAGAAAUUCAUGGAUUUUUAACUUCCUCUGGAAGGUGGGCACAUGGAUUCAGAGCUAUCACACUCUUAACUGUAUGUUUUUGGAGCUACUUUAAUAAUGGUACAUACUGUGAGGAUAUGACACCAGGAAAAAUUUUGUCCCAACCCCUUACACAGUUUUUUGGGUCUGCUCCACCAGCUUUUGAAGGGUUCAAAUCUCUUCUAAGUAGUAAUGAUAUCAUACAGUGGCUGACAUUGCUAAUAGGCUUUGUAAACGUGUUCUAUUUAACAUUCCGAGAUGAGGGGAGAUUGACUUGGAUGACAACCCUGAUACGUCCCCCAAGAAGUAGGGAUUCUGCCCCAGAGCCUGACCCUGCCCCUGCCCCAGACACUACGGAUUCUGCCCCAGAGACUAAGGAUUCUGCCCCAGAACUCACCUCAGAAAGGAACCAUCCAGACAUGAGAAGGUGGGAUGGGAAACCCACUUCUGCCCUGGCAGCACGGGUGCGUCAACUCAGGGAGGGAAACACUAACCAAGGGAGCUCCACUAAAGUGAAGGUAACCUCGACUUCCCAUAACCAAGAUGCAGGGUAUUACAAAAGGGAGGAUGAUUUGUCAGAUCCCCUUGAGGGAACCUCCAACAUGUAUGCCCAGGAAGGAAAUAAUAACCAGUGCUAGAGGGGCCCUGCCUCUAGCCAGGGAGAGGCACGGGAAAACCGGGUCUUUUGGACGGUGUGGAUCCGAUGGCCUGGCACA